UUAAUUAAUACAUGAAUGGAGUGUUCUUUUUCCUCUCUUAAGUUUUGAAUUCAAUUGGUUUGCUAUUGUUUUUCCUAUCCUCAUAAGCCAAUUGCUAAUUUUUGUGUUAGAGUUGUGCAUUAUUUAGUUUCAACCAAGAAAAUCUAUAUUAUCUAUUUUUUUUUUCAAGAUUAUUAUCUGUACACAUUUUGGAUGAUGUACAUGUUCUUCCUGGUGCUAUUGGAUCUUGUGUAGUGUUAGCUGCGUUCAAAUUGGGAAACAAGUCCAUGGGUAUGGUUUAACAACUGGGUUAGCGUUAGAUUUGUGUGUUGAAGCUUCUUUAGUUCAUAUGUAUGUGAAAGGUAAUAAGUUGGGAUGUGCAUGUAAGGUGUUUGAUAAAAUGCUUGAACUAGAUGUGAUUUCUUGGAGUGCUUUGGUUUCUAUCACCUAGCGAAAAACCAAAUUCUAACUGAGAAAGAAAACUUAUCUUAUCUAUAUGUGUCCAUAUAUGGUAUCCUGUUCAUCUUCCUUUAUAUCUAUUCAAUGUUUUGGUUUCUUUUAAACUUUCUUAGAAUUGUUCUUCAACUUCGUAUACCGGCCAUUUUAUGUUUUGGUGGUCUUUUCAACUACUAUCUCUAAGCUUUUGAAAUCCUAUAAUUGCCAAACUAUUAACCAUGGCAGAUUCAUUGAUGUUCUCUUUUGGGAGUACAUUCUCCAUGCGUCUCUUCCUCCUCUGUUCACUAUUUUUUUUUUGGUUAUAUAAAUAAUGACAGCUAAACUAGACCGAAUACAUGGUUAGAUGUUACAACUUACCAUUUUACACUUUUUAAUAAACUUUAGUUGUUGGUCCUUUUAGCUUCAGUGGUUAAACACAUUCAUUCACAACCUUCCAAUAUACAGUUUGUCUAUCUAUAAAUUGGACUAGAAAAUUUCAGUCCACUAGUUUUGUGUUUCAUCCUCUUGUCUAGUUUCUUAGCCUAGUCUGUAUGUUGGAUCCCUACUGUUAUAUAUACAUUUAAGAGAAAGUAGGUGCAUGGUAGCCUAGUAGGUGAUAGUUCUUUAAAUAAUAAGUUUCAUAUACAUGUUUCUGAACUCAAAUAGGUUGAGCUGAAUUACAUUUAACUGAAAGCACUGUUUAAUGUAUGUAGAUCCUACUUGAAUGACCAGGUAGAAGAGAUGCCUUGCUUCAUCUUGUGCAAACUGGUUUUCUAAAUAGAAUUAAGGCAGCAACUCAAGGAUUCAACCCUACUAACUAUGACCUUUCUGGUUACAUUAGUGGAGCAUCAUUAGAUGAUGACUUAAAGAAGUACUUGAAGGAUAACUUUCAGAAGUUCCUAUGAGGGUUAUGGAACAAGCCAGUGAAAAUUCAAGAUUGACUUGGAGAUUGGAGGUAGUAAAAACAUUUUUAGAAACUUGUAUUCAAGAAGUGUCAUUGAAUGGGAGACAAGGAAGUAUUUUGAAGCCAGAUUCAUGGAACAAGGUUAAGGUUGUUCUGCAAACUUCUCAUGACUUUAUAGUCACACAAAAGAAGAUGAAGAACCAUUAUGAUUAUCUAAAAGAAAAACAUCAAGCUUGGUUGCCAAUAAGUAAAAAGACUGGUAAUAUUUAUGAUCCAGCAACCAAUACCAUUCGAAUGUCUAACGAGGAGUGGGAUGAGUACAUAAAGGCUCAUCCAAAAGCCAAGACAUUGAGGAGUGCACCUCUACCCUUUCCGGAACUUUGUACAACAUUAUUUGAGGGUUCUACUACAACAUGCAUUCAUGGUUGGAGUCCAAGUUGUACAACUCCGCGGCCCGGUGCCUCUUCUGUAGCUACUAAUAUAGACAUAGAUUCACUUGAUGACAUUGAGAAUCUACUUGGUGACAAAAAUGAUGGAGCUUCUAAAGAUUUUCCAUCUCAAUCUUCAAUUCCAACUGAAAAAAAGAAUUUGGGAAAGAAAAGAAAAAACACAUCGUCCCGAUUAGAAAUUGAUGAGAAGAUGAGUGUUGCAUUGGAGUUACUGAUUAACAAAAACAACGGGCCUGAUGUUGAAGAAUGUAUAGAAAAACUAGACAAGCUUGGAUGGGAAGAUCCAUUGUACUCUGCAGCUCUUAGUAUAUUUUGUGAAGGCGAUAGCUACACAAAAACAUGGAUGAAACUGAGAGAGGUCGACAAAUUAGAGAAUUAUGUCAGAACCAUGGGGAAAAAAUUGGGAAUUCUUUAAUUUUUCUAAUUAGCUAGUAUCUAUGUUAGAUGAAGAUUUUAUGGAAUCUAGUCUUUAUUUUUUUUGUUUUUUAAUUAUAACUUCUGGAACUUUGUGAUAAUAUAUUAUGCUUAUGGAACAUAUUUUAUUGGUGAAAAAUGCUACUUGUAUGUCUUGUUAUGCUUGAUGAGUAUAGAAUAAUUUUUUAUAA